AUGGCUGGUUCCCUCGGCGGCCCGCGGCGUCUGGGUGUGGUGCUGGGAUUUGUGGCCAUCCUACUGACCCACCAUCAGGCCUCCGCGCAAGUCCUUGGGCCCAUGAUCGCCCCCUUAAUGGCAGCCGUCCCAACUGCUUCUGCGACCCCUGGUGGGGGUGCCUCGGCCGCUGGGGCCACGGCCGCCUCGGCCGCUGCGGGCGCCGUCCCGGGUGCUGCCAUGUGGCAGGCUAUGAGUGACAGCCUGGCUAGGGUUAUGGCCGACACGCUGGCCUUCCGUCCCAGCAACCGCAGUGCCGCCGAUAUGGUCCAGAGUGCCACUGAGAUGCUGAAGGACUUCGGCAGCGGAAAGAACCUUCAGAACAUGGCGCAAGCUAACCCCGGUGACAACCUCCGCGCCGCUGUGGGCAGCAUGGCCAGCGCCUCCAAUGCCGACCUGGUGGCCGCGUACGACCAGCUGAGGAACACGGCAAAGGCCCUGGGCCUGGCCCUGCCCGCUAACUCGCCCACCCUGGACAUGUGGUCUCGCAUCGCUGGUGUCCUGAGCGGCUCCGGAGGCCGGGACCUCACCUCCAUCAUGCCCGCACUCAUGGCUCAGAGCAGCCACCUGGGCGCCGCAAACCCCAAGAACAUGGGACAGACAGCCGGCUCAGCUUUUGACUUCACCUUCAAACCAGCUGACUUCGGUGCCGCUCUGGCCAAUCUUGGCAACUUGGGCGCUGACGCGUUCCUGAACGGCCCUGGCGCAGCUAUUUCGCUGGUCUCUCUGGGGCUGGGCCUGGCGGCUGGCAUCACGGGCAUUGUGGGUGGUGCACUUUACAUCGCCGGAUCAGCGGUCCUCCUGGGUGCCGGCGUGGACUCACUGGACACCAGCAAGGUGAAGAAGUACAAGGACAACACGUACAUGGCGCAGUUCGAGGACCUGGCGCGCGAGGCGGAAACGUCCCUGCUGCCAGCCGCCCUCAACCCACGCUCCAUCCAGUCGGUGGAUUUUGCGUUGCAGGUUGUGGAGCGAACUAUCAAGUUGGCUGAGCGGCGCCAGUGA